CCGCUCUCCGCAAAACACUCGCCCCUACGCACCGCGGACCAGCCCUGCGCCCUUCUCCAUCCAGGAUGAGCGCGCAAAACGCCGCAUGGCGGCGCCAGUCGCCCCAGCGCCCGAACAACCAGCAGCGCGGCCCGCACUCACGCGACCGGUCUGCCGGCGCCAGUGGCUACAACACGCCGACCUCGAAGCAGGACCAGGGCAUGUCCAAUUAUUCCGGCAAUGCGUGGGGCCAGAAGGGCAGAGGUGGUGGGCAAGGUGGUGCCGGACAGAGAGCGAGCGCACCUCCGGCUGGCCCGCAGGGAUACCAAGAGGAGCACAUUCCUGUCAAAGGUUUCAACUCCAAGGAAGCAAAGUACACCUUGAAGAAAUGGUACCAGGAUGCGAACAAGGUCGGCUCAGGCGAUGGCAAGUCAGUGCUCUACAAGCCUCAGGGCGACGUGACCAUGCGUAGCGGUGGUGUUUGGGGUAGCAAGCCAAACACCAUGGCCAAUGGCCAGGACUUCUGGGUCCAAUUGCGGAAGCAAGUCAGCGCCUUCGACUCCGGCAAGGCAACCUGAACGCGCGGAUACCACUGUACAUUUGUUUGGCCGCGGCAAUGAUGCAUGGGCAUAGGGGUUUUAGGGAUACUGCAUAGGGAGCGUGGCGUUGGCUUGGACAGAGUGUUGCUUGGAGCUUCCACGCGCACGCUUCUUAAUUGGUUAUGCAGGAACCAUCUAGCUCACUGCUUCGACGGGAGGAUGGAAUUCCAGCGAGCUGGUCUGAUGAAGGCCCCAAUUUCCUACAUAGUUUGUGUGUGCAUCGAGGACCGUUUGAGACAGCGGGGCCGUCAAUGUGCAUACGCAGUAGAUAGAAAGGUCUUCACCUAGAAAGUCAAUCAAAACUCUGCACAGUCG